CGGCCCGUAACUAAGCAGCGCUGCAUAUCUGGCAACCCACAGCAGCAGUGGCCAGCCCUCGCCUCGGAUUUGACAGCAAGAUUGCCUUCAGCCAGUGUAAUAUCAACAUUGGGAAGGACGCAGUGAAAAAACAGAGAUGGCAGUGAAUGUAUACUCCACAUCAGUAACAAUUGAAAACCUGAGCCGACAUGACAUGCUGGCAUGGUUGAAUGACUCCCUUCAACUCACCUACACCAAAACAGAACAGUUAUGUUCAGGGGCGGCUUAUUGUCAGUUCAUGGACAUGUUGUUUCCAGGGUGUAUUCUUCUAAAGAAAGUGAAAUUUCAAGCCAAGCUGGAACAUGAGUAUAUACACAACUUCAAAGUACUGCAGGCGGCUUUCAAGAGGAUGAAUGUUGACAAAAUAAUUCCAGUGGAAAAACUAGUGAAAGGAAAAUUCCAGGACAACUUUGAAUUCGUCCAGUGGUUUAAAAAAUUCUUUGACGCCAACUAUGACGGAAAAGAGUAUGAUCCGGUGCAAGCCAGACAAGGCCAGGAUGUGGCACCUCCACCAAACCCAGGUGAACACUUUUCCCACAAACCCAAGCGAACUGGUCCCUCAGGGCCUCAGAGAAUAUCACCAACAGUACCCAAAAACAUGCCCACACCACAGAGGGUGACCCCCACCAUAAGGAAGAACCCCACACAUGCUAGAAAUGGGGACAGUGAUGCUGAAAUCAUGGAGCUUAAUCAACAGUUAAUGGAACUGAAGUUAACUGUAGAUGGUCUGGAGAAAGAGAGAGAUUUUUACUUCAGCAAACUUCGAGACAUUGAACUGAUCUGCCAAGAACACGAGAAUGAAAACAACCCUAUUAUUACUGGGAUAAUUGAAAUCCUGUAUGCCACAGAGGACGGCUUCGCACCCCCAGACGAUGACGAAAUAGACGAGCAGGCCCACUUGGACCAGGACGAAUACUGAGAGUUCACUCUUCAACCUCGUCGUGACCCUUCACCAUUUCCUCCGCCCGCCGCUUUGAAUGACCCCGCCCCCUUUACCGCACGCUGUUAAUAUCCCCUUGGCUUCCCACAAAUCUAUGGGCUCACCAUAUACUGUAUACUCUACGUUGGUCUCCGGUUUAUGCACUACAUCCAUAUCAACAAGACAGUAGCACCAAUAGCACACACCUUUAGCCAUCUCAGCAUGUUUUACAUAUCGACAUGAGAAUGAACAAAAGAAAAGUACACAGUUUGUGGGUAGCACAACGGACUUAAAAAUGUAAAUAUUGUGAUGGAAAAUAAUUUUUUGCAGAAAAAAGGAAAUGAAGAAACUUGUUGCCUGGAAUGCAGUUAUUCGUCGUCUAGAUUUCAUACACGUUUUACUUUAGAGUCUGUCUUGGAUCCGUUCGGUAUGGAAUGGUGAUUUUACAUCAUCCGUCUGUGUCUUCAGCCUCAAUCUGCCUUUCUCACCGGCUAGUCACUUUUAGUUACUAAAACUAUUGGGACUGUAAGGAAAAAUCCCAACAAUAUCAAGGUAUUGAUCUUUUAAUUUAUACAGUACAUGCAAAGAUGUGAUGUCAAGGUCAACUUGAUAGUGACUAAAUGAUGGAAAAGUAGUAUUAAAUUAAAGGAAUAGUUCACCUUCAAAAUGAAAAUUUGACCCUAAUUUACACGCAAAUUACUCUUGUCAUUUCAAACCUGUAUGACUUUCUUUCUUCUGCAGAACACAAAAGAAGCUAUUUUGAAAAAUGAUGGUAACAAAAACCAUUG